UCUCAAUAGAAGACAGGCUUCUAAGGGAUAACAAAAAUAAAACAGACACAUUGGAACAGGACAAAGAAACAGAAGGAAAAGAGCCCAAGAGAAGGCACAAGAAACAGAGACCCAUGUUUGCACACUUGGGAAGUCCAUAAAAACAGUGAACUGGAAGCCAUAAUAUAUACACAAAGGACUUGUAGUAUAAGAAGAGAUAAGAAAAAAUAAAUAAAAUAAAAUAAGAAAAAAGCCCCGACACAUUAGACAAAGAACCUCCAAAGAUGCCGUUGAGUUUUCUUUCUUUUUUUCCUACCGCUGGCCAUGCAGGCUACCCUGGAGAGUAGUUUGUUUUCCCAGUGAGACUCCCUUGGAGAAAACUAAAUUUUCAUUUGCAAGUGGUUAUCAAUUGGAGAUUGUUUCUGGGUUAGGGAUGGAGACCUGUCCACUUCUUUCAGCUCUAGGACCCCAUCUGGUGCAGACCUGUGCAGGUCCUGUGCAUGCUGCCUUAGUGUCUGAAUUCAUAUGUGCACUGAUCUUGUUGAUUUAGAAAACCUUGUUUUCUUGGUGUUCUCCAUCCCCUGGCUCUUACACUUUUUCUGCCUCCUCUUCUUUGGGCUCCGCUGAUCCCUGAGGGGAGGGAUUUGAUGGAGACAUCCCAUUUAGGGGUCAGUGUUCCAAGGUCUUACUCUCCUUUGUACACUUUUUUCUUUUUUGAGACAGUGUUCUCUCUGUAGCUCUGGCUGCCUUGCAACCGCUUUGUAGACCAGGCUGACCUUGAACUUGCAGAGAUUCACGUGCCUCUGCCUCCCAAGUGCUGGGAUUAAAAGCGUGUGCUACCAUGCCUAGCUCCCUCCGUAUACUUUCAUUCAAACUUUAAACCUUAGCAAUAUUUUAGCCACCAGAGCACCUUUGCAUUGUUUCCUAAACUUGAAAUCUCGUGUUUUCUUUUUGAAUCCUGUCUUCCCAAAUUUAUUCAUUCCAUUCUUGUUUGGACAACGCCUCAACAUGUCUGCCUAUUUGGCCUAGAACAAUGUAGACCAAGUUGACCUCAGACUCAAGAGAGAGCUGCCUGCCACUGCCUCCCUAGUGCGGGGAUUAGAGGCAUACCCAGUUCAAAUUCCUAACCUCCACAAGUUAGGCAUUACUUCCUCCGGAAACACUUUGCCACCAAGCUGAAUGUGGUUCUGUAGCAUUGUACACACACGUGUUCCCGUCAUGGCACCAGACAUCACAUACGGGGCAUCUAUCCCAGAGCUGAGUUUGUCCAGGACAGAUUCAGUAACUUCCACACACUUCCAUCUCUGAGCUCCAGAGAACCAGGCAAAUGGUGGGGCAUAAUACAUGUUGUUACUUGAGCUACACGGAAGAGCGACUGCAAGCUCUGAGAUGUGCAAAGCUGGGUAUCUUCUCGGUGGGGGGAGCCCUUCCACACCUGAGCUGCCGAGUUGCCAUGGAGUGACAAUGAAGUCACAGAACCGUGAGGCCCAGGUGAAGUCACAACAGUGACACACGCGUGGGCACACUGACGGGGAGCAGGUCUAGGGUAUCCGACGCGGGUGUGGGGCGGGGGCAGGCACUCGGCAGCGGGCCCGCGGGACCUGGGAGGGUGAGAAAAUGCUUACUAACUAGUAAGCGGGGGACCAAACGCGAGUCACGCCGAGGCCACGAGGCCCCGCAGCGCCAACGGCUCCUUCCCGCCAUCUCACUCUUCUAGCGCCAUCUUCUAGACCCCGCCCCGGGCAAUCCACAGCCAUCCCGACCAUCACCGCAGGACGGGCGCCUCCUCGGACCUCCCCCGCCGAAGGCGAUGACCCGCCCCUUCUGAGGCCAGGACGAUGGGGCUGACACCGGAGGGGGCUGAGCUCGCCGCGCCCACGCCGCAGCCUUAGGACCUAAGAUCCUGUCCCCCAUCGCUCACGGCCCGAGGACCUCGCGCCAGCCUCACCGGAAGGCACGGCCGGAAGGGGCGGGCACUGCGCCCGGCGGGUCCUUGGCGCCAUGGCGUCUCGUGGCGUCGUGGGCAUUUUCUUGCUCUCCGCUCUCCCUCUGUUGUGUCUGGAGCUCCGGCGCGGGAUUCCGAGUCUCGGAAUUAAAGAUCUUGUUUUGUUGAGUGGCCGGAUAUUCCUGCUGCUUGCCCUGCUGACGUUAGUCAUUUCUGUGGCCACCUCCUGGAUUAACUCAUUUAAGCCGCCUCCCCAAGUUCACCAGAAAGGAGAAGAAGAGAAUGAGAAAAGACAAAGACUGGCGAGGAAGAAGCAGCAGGAGGCCCAGGGGGAGCAGGCCAGCAGAUAUAUACAGAAUGUUUUAAAACCUCAGCAGGAAAUGAAAUUGAAAAAACUAGAAGAACGCUUUUAUCAAAUGACGGGUGAAACCUGGAAAUUAACUACUGGCCACAGACUUGAGGGAGAUGAAGAUUUGGUGCUUGAAAAUUUGAGUCAGGUGUCUUUGGAAACAGCAAACAGAGAAGCAGCAAGAAGACGCAACUUGCCCAAGCUUUUAACUGAAAUCUCACCACCUGCUCAGCAGCCCGCCAAGAAGGAGGUUCCUGACUUACCUGAAGAACCCUCAGAAACAGCUGAAGAGGUAGUUACUGUUGCCCUUCGAUGCCCAAGUGGGCGUGUUUUGAGGAGGAGAUUUUUCAAGUCUUGGAAUUCACAGGUCUUAUUUGACUGGAUGAUGAAAAUUGGGUACCACAAAUCCCUGUACAGCCUUUCCACGUCCUUUCCCAGAAGGCCUCUGGAAGCAGAGGGAGGCUUGUCACUGGAGGACAUAGGAAUAACUGUGGACACUGUACUUAAUGUGGAAGAGAAAGAACAGAGCAGCCAGUAAAGAAGUCACACUACCUGUUGUCCUGAAGUCGUUACUCGUGACGUCACACCAGUGUUCACAUUAAAGCCAUGCUGUACCUUGAGCUCCUCUUGUUCAGAGGAGCAUACCUACAUACAUGGAAGAGGACUGCUUUGUAUGUAGUGGUUUGUGGACUAUGUCAUCUUCCAAUGUACCAAAGUGAGAGCAAGGUAAAAAAGGAUAUGUCAGACAGACAUCUGGUACCAGGCUUCAGCCAGGCAUGGUGGCACAUGCCUCCUGGAAUUUGAGUUAGACCAUCUUAAAACCAACCAACCAACCAACCCCUAGCUUAUGUAAGAACUGAUUUCUGCUUCUUGAAUCCACCUUACGACAGUAUUUCAAAAUUUUCAAGUAUGAAUGUUGAUUCUACUGAUUUUCAGAGCAGACUGAUCCUAUGUAAUUUUGACUUAAAUCCAGGGAUGAAGUUUUUGACACAUAAACUUCAGGGACAUGUUGAAAUUACAGUAAACAAGACCAUUGUUGGUAGGUACAUUUGGAGUGUGAGCUGUUGUUUUUGUAUGCACUGAUGCCCUUAGAGUCUGUCUUAAUCUUUAAUAUUUGGAGACAGGGUCUCAUGUAGCCCUGGGUGACCUUGAACUCUCCUGAUCCUCCUAGCCCCCAUCCCAAGUGCUGGGAUUACAGGCCUAAGCUACUGCACCCAGUUUAUAAAGUGGUAGGAUUGAACCCGGGGUUUCAUUAUGCCUGGCAAACUCUACUAACUGAGCUACAUCCCAGCCCCCAUAUUUCCUAUCUUUCAGUUCCAAAACUACCCAAGUCUUUGCUUUUGGUGUCUUUUUUUUUUGUUUGUUUUGUUUUUCAAGACAGGGUUUCUCUGUGUAGCUUUGAGCCUUUCCUGGAACUCACUCUGUAGCCCAGGAUGGCCUCAAACUCACCUGGCCCUGCCUCCCAGAGUGCUGGGAUUAAAGGCGUGAGCCACCACCGCCCAUUCUAGAGAUGGUAUUUAUGACCUUGGAAUAGUAUCACUACUAAACUCAGAUCAAUUUAUCCCUAUUUCUAGGUCAGAGACAACCUAUCUUGGCCUUUAAAGUUUCUUGUUAUAUUUAGUCUAGAGUUAUUAAAGCAGACAAUCCAAAUUUUGUACUUAAAAAUUAUGAACACAAAUCACCCAAUGAAAUGUUUAGAAACAUAAAAAAUGUCUUUUUAAUGGUCUAAAAGUUAUCAGCAAAUAUUUGACUUUGUUCUGCUUCUAAAUGUAAACUAUAAACAAGUGUGUGCGCGCGCACUUGCACACGCACACAUAACCUGGAAUUGAAUCUAAGGCCUGGAGCACCCUACCAGAGUUAAUCCCCAGCCCCUAAACUCACCAUGUAAAUUCUGUCAGUACACAUCAGAGACUUGUGACUUGGCAAGGUGCCCCACACCUAGUCCUAGCACUUGGGAGGUAGAGGCAGGAGAACCAAGGAGUCAAGGUCAUCUGGGACUAUACCAGAUCACCUCAAAAGCCAAAAGGAAAUGAAAACGAACCAACUGCAGUCUUAGGUAUUUGUAUCAAGUUUUAAAAUGGCAAUGCUUCCAUUAAAUGCGUAUCACAGUUAGAAUAUUCUUGUUUACGUUGCAAAGUUUAUUUUUUCGAUACACCAAACAGGAUGCAAGCACUGUCAGGACAAAUAUACAGAAAUAUGCAGAUCAACAUCAAACACUAAUUUAGAUCAAAUGAAAGGAAAUCUCUUUAAUGUUAUGACAACAUACUCCCAAGAAUCUCUUCUUCAGUUAGUUAUACAUUUCAAUAAAAUAAAGGGUAAUGAAUUAGUGGAAGUCAGCUGUGAAAUCGUAAAAAUAAAACUCCGACUCUAUUAAUCCAUGCCAGUUAAACACUGUAACUAAAUUUCCAAGCACAGAGGAGAUGAAGCAGUCAGUGACCCCUUUUGCUUAACCAGCCAAGAAGAAUGGUUCCUACAACACAGCAGGCAGACUGAUCUAGAACACAGUGUAAUAAGUUCAGUCUCAUUGUGCUAAAUGCUCAUCAUUAGUAUGGCACGUUUGGUCCAUGAUGUAGUUUAUAAUGUCAAGACAUCACAAUUUGUUACAGAAACACAUAGAUAACUGUUGUUUUUAAAUAUAUAUAUAUAUAUUUUAAAAAGCCAGGUAUACUUCCACAUACAAAGAAAGGUCCUGGGGAGGAAGUUAUAGGAAGUAGUCUGGGGUACGCCGGGUCACAUGAGGCUCUCCACGACGAGGUGCUGGGUCAAACUGAAGA